AUGGAGACAUCCAGAAGUUCCCUGCAUGGCCCCGCCCACCAUCAUGAGGCCCUGGGCCAAGCUGUCCAAUGGCUCUUGCUUUGGGCUGUGCUUACCUUCUCCUUCGCCCUGCCCUCCUUUAUUAAGGAACCUAAUACAACGCCUACCAGGAAUCAGCAUCCAGAGAACAUUAAGGAAAGGUCUCCAGAGUUACUGCAAAAGGCUACAUCCCAGGCACCCACUACUGGAAGCAGGACGACCGCCCACAUGGAGUCAGUGUAGGGGACCAGCAUGCGGGACACAGCCCCCGAGGCCACAGCCAACACAGUUGGAGAGGGCAGAGGAGCGGAGGCUGGCAAGGCCAGUGCUGAAGAGCCAGGCAGAGCACCCAGCACAGCCAGGAUGGCAGCAACAGAGACACAGGUGAGCAAGGACGCCAUGGGGAACACGCUGCCUCCGAGAGCUCAAGUCGAGGGGGUGGCCUCUGGCUGGACGGAGGCGCCGUCGCUGAACAGUCAGGACCUGAGGACAGCCAAAGGGUCAGGGGACCAGAGUGCGAGGCCGACGGCCCCAAGGAUGGUGCCCACGAAGCUGCAGGGCAACGUGGCCGCCACAGCAAGGACGCCCCUUCCAGAAAAUCAGGCUGGGGUGCAGACCCCUGCGGGAGCGGGGCCGACGGGAAGGGGAGUCAGAGGAACCACCAGAGAGGGUCCACCCAAGGACAGAGCCCAGGCCACCGCGUCCUCAGCCCCUCUCCAGAGCCCCACCACCCAGAGAGGCCAGAGGUUGCGGGCCGCCAACUUCAAGUCUGAGCCGCACUGGGAUUUUGGAAAAUACAGCCUGGAGGUGAGCGGCCUCCAGACGACCUGCCCUGACUCAGUGAAGAUCAAAGCCUCCAAGUCACCCUGGCUCCAGAAUCUCUUUCUGCCCAACCUCACCCUCUUCCUGGACUCCAGCCACUUCGACCAGAGCAAGUGGGGUCGCCUGGAGCCCUUCGCUCCGCCUUUCGGCUUCAUGGAGCUCAACUUCUUGGUGCAGAGGGUCGUGCCCUGCUUCCCCCCCGCGCCCCAGGAGCAGCUGCUCCUGGCCAGCCUCCCUGCCGGGAGCUCCCGGUGCGUCACCUGUGCCGUGGUGGGCGACGGGGGCAUCCUGAACAACUCCCAAGUGGGCCCAGAGAUAGACGGCCAUGACUAAUUGUUCCGACUGAGUGGAGCUGUCAUUAAGGGCUACGAACAGGAUGUGGGUACUCGGACGUCCUUCUACGGCUUUACUGCCUUCUCCCUGACCCAGUCACUCCUUAUACUGGGCAAUCGGGGUUUCCGGCAUGUGUCUCUGGGAAAGGUGAAGGCUCCAGGAAGCUUUCUGGGAAGCUCUGCAAUUGGACAGAUACCUGUUGCUGCACCCAGACCUGCUCGCAUACGUGAAGAACAGGGGAGAGCAGAAAGCCGGGUCUGGGCUGUCAGCGUUCGCUCCUCCAUCCUCGCCGCCCCUCCCAUGGGCCUCGGGCGUCGUCGGGAAGCCGCGAGCCGGGGCCCCCGAGGGCGCAGUGCGCAGCCCACGCGGCAGGUGGCGGCGUCUCCCCGCGCCCCGCAGCUCCCAGACCGCGCGCGCCCGCCCUUGAAGGUACCGGGAAGCGCCCUGCCCAACCACGGCUCGCGGUGUCCCCGGGCUGGGCGCCGGCGGGGCGAGGGCAGUUCCCGGCGCCGGCGCUACAUUCUCCCCCCCGGGACCCGUCGCGCAGGCCCCGAGGGUGCGGCGGCGUCCGGAGGCUCGGCGCGGGCAGAACGGAGAUAG